AUGUGGGGAAACCAAGAAGUGCUAGUGGGAUUGGGCUCGUCUAGUGGAAAGUCGAUGCAGGUUAGCAGCGUGUAUUCGUGGAAUUUCAAGACGAGGACUGUGCCAAAGUGGAUGCACUCUAAACCGCUUGACCCGAGGGAAUUUUCGGGCAAGGGCAGUGAGGAUAAAUUGACCCAAAAGAAAAGGAUUUGCGCUUUAGGCUUCCUUUCUGCAUUGGUUUUUGUGACGGGAUGUGCGGCUUUGCUUGCUUUAGUUGUGCUUUUCUUGUGGGCUUUGUAUGAAAACAGUUCGGAGACUGUGUUGACCAUUCCGCGAAAGUGCAACAUGGGUUCGGCUGAUUUCAGGUAUGAAAAGAUCAAGGUAGUAGUGGGUGAUGAUAACCCGGCUGAUGCUAAGAAUUAG